UUUUGUCUUUCAUAUUUUAGUCAUAUUUUAGAUGAAAAGUCAUCACAUUUUUGUCAAGUCUUAGUCAUUACUUUUACGAGAAGCUGCGCUUGAUCAGCGCUAUGGGAACAUCUUUAGUUGUGACCAGCUGUGAAUACAGUAUAUGUGUAAAACAACGUCAAUGAAAUUGACCUAUAUUUAUAGCCGUGCGUGACGUCAUUGGAAUGCGUCGUAGCGAGGCUAUAAUUAGAUGUGCCACAUGUGCAUCAGCAGAUAUUUUGUCUGAAGAGCAGUCCUGGGACAUCUCAGUGCAGCUAUGAAGCGCAGAUUCGCGUUCUCGCCUUUUCAGGGAACAGGGUUACAGUGAAGUAACCCGGGGCGUUCCCUUUCAAAGGCUACACUCCAAGCUGCGCUUGAUCAGUGCUAUGGGAACGUGAGUGGAUGAACAAUGGAGCUGUAAUUCUUUAUUAAGCGGCGGUAGAAGUUAGCAAAGCCAAGAAAGCGCUGGAGUUCUUUGAUAGUGGAUGGAGUGGGCCAGGACUUGAUAGCUUCCACCUUCCCCUCGUCCGUCCGGAUGCCACUGUGAUCAAUGUUGUAACCGAGGAAGUGGACUGAGGUUUGGUGGAAUGAACAUUUUUCAGCUUUCAGGAAGAAAUGAAACUGUCGUAGUCGUUGGAGGACCUCCGCAACGUGGUGGCGAUGUUCGGCCAGGCUCCGGGAGUAGAUGAGUAUAUCGUCUAUGUAGACCAGGACAAAUCGAUGGAGAAACUCCCGGAACACCUCAUGUAUGAAAUCCUGGAAUACGGAGGGGGCAUUGACCAGGCCGUACAGCAUGACGAGAUAUUCAUAAUGGCCGGUGGGCGUGACGAAGGCGGUCUUCCACUCGUCCCCCUCGCGUAUCCGGAUGAGGUUAUACGCGCUGCGGAGGUCCAGCUUGGUGAACACAAUGGCACCACGGAGAUGUUCUAGAGCUGCUGGGACGAGAGGAAGGGGGUACCGGAACUUGACUGUGAUCUUGUUGAGUGCACGAUAAUCAAUACAGGGCCGCAAGCCUCCGUCCUUUUUGCCACGAAGAAGAAACUCGAAGCAGCAGGAGAAGUAGACGGGCGGAUGUAACCCUGAUCAAGUGCCUCUUUGAUGUAUUCCUCCAUGGCCUUCUCCUCCGGUACUGACAGGGGGUAAAUCCUUUCCCUGGGCACUGGCUCACCCGGUAAAAGAUCGAUGGCACAGUCCCAUGGCCAGUGUGGAGGCAGCUUGGAGGCUCUUUGUGGGCAGAAGACGUCACUGAAGGGGGCGUAACAGGCUGGAAUAUCCACGGAGCGUUUCUUAACAGGACUUUUGAUGGAGGUGGUACAGAGGGAGAGAUCAUUUGCACGAGGAGACUUGGGAACAGGAAACUCGGAGAAACAGUUAGAGAAACAGGUUUCGCCCCACUUUAGGAUUUCGCCCGUACGCCAGGAGAUGGUAGGGUUGUGCUGCUCUAGCCACGGAUGCCCCAGAACCACGUCAGAGGUGGAUUCCUCCAGAACCAGCAGGUGAAUUUCUUCGAUAUGUAGUAUUCCCACACGUAACUGAAGAGGACCCACACACCGACUGAUCUUUCUUCGGCUCAGGGGUUUGCCUGUGAUGGAGUGGACUUGGUAGAUAGUCGGAGAGGGCGUGGUUUUGAGCUGGAGCUGUCUGCAGAGGGAGCCGGAGAUGAAGUUUCCUGCUGACCCUGAAUCGAGGAGCGCCACCACUGGAACAGAUACAUCAGCAGCAGUAAGGUUUACAAUAGUAGUGAGUGGUUUCAUCUUCUUAAUGGAAGGAAUGAUGGCACUCACCAUGGGACGAGGAGGACGAAUGGGGCAUGCAGAUAUGACAUGCCCAGGAGCACCACAAUAUACUGUAAGCAGAGAUUCAGGGUCAGCCUUCGGGAAGCAUACAUACAGGUAAGUAUGAUACAAACAAGACCGGACAGUGAGUGUGUGUGAGUGUGGGCUUCUUAUACUGUGACUGAUGAGUGCUGAUGAGGUGCAGGUGCCGGUGAUUAGUAUUCUGGUGAUUGGUGCAUUGUGACUGGCUGAGGGUGGAGCCUGGCGUGUCUGUGACAGUAGUCAGAAAACACUGAAAUGAUCAAGUUAUAGUAAAUCACACAAAACCUGUUUCUCAGGUGUGUAAUCAUGAAGAUAUAUAAACCCUUCAGUUAGAAGAAGGAACUCGACUGUCAAACUGCAGUGUGUAUCAUCUCUCUUUCUGUGUGUUUAAAAGGAGAAAUGGCAGAAGCCAGUAUUUCAGUGGGUCAGGAUCAGUUCAGAUGUUCAGUGUGUCUGGAUCUCCUGAAGGAUCCAGUGACGAUUCCCUGUGGACACAGUUACUGUAAGGAAUGCAUCUCAGGUUUCUGGGAUCAGGAGAAUCAGAAGAGAAUCUACAGCUGCCCUCAGUGCAGAAAAACCUUCACAACAAGACCAGUUUUAGGUAGGAAUGUGGUGAUUGCUGAAAUGGUGGGGAAACUGAAGACGAGACUCCAAUCUGUUCCUGUUCCUCCUCCUGUUCCUGCUCGUCGUCGUCAUCCUCAUACUGGAUCUGGAGAUGUUCGGUGUGACUCCUGCACUGGAAGAAAACAGAAAGCAGUGAAGUCGUGUCUAGAGUGUCAAAGCUCUUACUGUCAAAAUCACCUUGAACAGCAUGAGAAUCUCUUCAGUAAAAGACACAAUCUGAUGGACGCCACUGGACGACUGCAGGACAUGAUCUGUCCUCGACAUGAUAAAAUGCUGGAAAUUUACUGCCAUACUGACCAGCGGUGUAUCUGUAUGCUGUGUUUGGUGGAUGAACACAAAGAUCAUGACACUGUAUCAACUGCAGCAGCGAGGACAGAGAAACAGAGACAUUUUGAGAAGAAACAGAGAAACAUCCAGCAGAGAAUCCAGCAGAGAGAGAAAGAUCUUCAGCAGCUGAGAGAGGCUGUGGCGUCUCAUAAGCGCUCUGCACAGACCGCAGUGGAGGACAGUGAGAGGAUCUUCACUGAGCUCAUCCGCUCUAUUGAGAGACGUCGCUCUGAGGUGAUUCAGCUGAUCAGAGAUCAGGAACGAGCUGCAGUGAGUCGAGCUGAAGAACGACUGGAGCGACUGGAGCAGGAGAUCAAUGAUCUGAAGAGGAGAGACGCUGAGAUGAAGCAGCUUUCACAAACACAGGAUCAUGUUCAUUUCUUCCAGAGUUUGUCAUCUGUCUCUCUCUCUGGAUCUACAGAUGGUUUCACUGUCAGUUCUCAUCUGUCCUUUGAUGAAGUAGUAAAAUCUGUCUCUCAGCUCAGAGACAAACUGCAGCAGUUCUGCAGCGAGGAGACAGAAAAGAUAUCUGGAAGAGGUAAAUACUCAUUCAUUAUCAGAAAAUAUCCAAAAUCCAGAGAAAAAGAACUGGACAAUUCCCGUCUGUUGACUCUGGAUCUGAACUCAGUGAAUAAAAGGCUCCUUCUGUCUAAGGGAAACACAGUGAUCCCUGUCGCUGACACACAUCAGUGUUAUCCUGAUCAUCCAGACAGAUUUGAUUAUUGGAUGCAGGUACUGUGUAGAGAGAGUGUGACUGGACGCUGUUACUGGGAGGUGGAGUGGAGUGGAGAUGGGAGAUCAGGAGUGUCUAUAGCAGUGACAUAUAAGAGCAUCGGGAGGAAGGGACGAAAACCUGAGAUUAAAGCUGGAUGUAAUGAUCAGUCCUGGAAAAUGUUCUGCUGUUCUUCAAAAUGUUCAUUCUGUCACAAUAACAUUGAAACUGUCCUUCCUGUAGUGUCCAGCCGUAGAAUAGGAGUGUAUGUGGAUCACAGCGCAGGGAUUUUGUCCUUCUACAGCAUCUCAGACACAAUGAGCCUCAUCCACAGAGUCCAGACCACAUUCACUCAGCCGCUCUAUGCUGUGUUUGGAUUUGAUAGAAACUCAACAGUGAAACUGUGUCAACUGACCAAUUAACUCACACAUCUACAGAAUGUUUUGUAAUGUCUCAUGAUGAAUCACUCUCAGUAAGAUGUCAUGAAAUUAAACAUAUUUUACUGAACUGUAA